AGCCACCCAGGCACCCCAGCGUGUAUCUUUUCUGAGUGGAAGAUUCAAAAGCCAGCUCAUGGCUGUCCACACGUCUUUUCCCUCUGCCAGGGGAUCGGCAAUGUUUCAGAGGCUGCCCAUGAAUGAAGAGCCUGGGUGCGUGAACAAAGAUGUGGAGCAGAGCCCAGCCAACCCGUGUCGGACAAGGAGACACCGAGUCGUUACCAUUAUCCCAAAGAAGGACCCCCAGGAGGAUGAGAGUAUUAUUGCUGUACAUCUAAAGUCAAGGUUUCAGGGCUCUGUGUCAUUCAGGGACGUGGCCGUCAGCUUCUCCCAGGAAGAGUGGGCGUGUCUGGACCCUGCUCAGAGGGCUUUGUACAGGGACGUGAUGUUGGAGAACUAUAGCCACCUGCUCUCACUGGGAAGGUCCAUUUCUAAGCCAGAUGUGAUUACCUUACUGGAGCAAGAGAAGGAGCCUUGGGUGGUUGUGAGGAAAGAAACAAGUGGAUGGUACCCAGAUUUGGAGUCAAAUUAUGGAGCUAAGAAGUUAUCUCCAGAAAAUGAUAUUUACGAAAUAAAUUUGCCCAAACAGAGUAUAACGCAAAUAAGUAAAACUCCUGGCCUCAAGGCCUCCAAUUGUAGAAAUGACUCAAAAUGCAGAAAUAGAUUUAGGGGACAACAGAGACAUCAAGAGGGGUAUAUCAGUCAAAAGAUAAUAAGCUAUGAAAAAAUGCAUACUUAUACUCAUCAUAUUUCUCUUAUUCACAAUACAGAUAAGCCAUAUGAAUGUAAGGAGUGUGGGAAGUACUUUAGUCGUGGUUCAAAUCUUAUUCAGCAUCAGAGUAUUCAUACGGGAGAGAAACCCUACAAAUGUAAGGAAUGUGGGAAGGCCUUUAGACUUCUUAUCCAGCUUACUCGCCAUCAGAAAUUUCAUAGUGGUGAAAAACCCUUUAAAUGUAAGCAAUGUGGGAAAGCUUUUAGUCUUCCCACCCAGCUCAAUCGCCAUGAGAACAUUCAUACAGGUGAGAAACCAUUUGAGUGUAAGGAAUGCGGUAAGUCCUUUAAUCGUAGCUCAAACCUUGUUCAACAUCAGAGUAUUCAUACGGGUGCAAAACCCUAUGAAUGUAAAGAGUGUGGGAAAGGCUUUAAUCGUGGUUCAAACCUUAUUCAGCACCAGAAAAUUCAUUCUAGUGAGAAACCCUUUGAGUGUAAGGAGUGUGGGAAGGCCUUUAAAUAUCAUUACCAACUUACUGAACAUUGUCGAAUUCAUACUGGUGAGAAAGCCUUUGAAUGUAAAGAAUGUGGGAAGGCCUUUUGUCUUCCAGUAGAGCUUGCUAGACAUCAGAACAUUCAUACUGGUGAGAAACCAUUUACAUGUAAGGAAUGUGGCAAGGCCUUCAGUCGUGGCUCGAAUCUUGUCCAACAUCAGAGUAUUCAUACUGGUGAGAAACCCUACGGAUGUAAGGAGUGUGGAAAGGCUUUUAGACUUCACCUACAACUUUCUCGACAUCAGAAAACGCAUACUGGUGAAAAACCAUUUGAAUGUAAAGAAUGCGGGACAGCCUUCCAAUAUCAGUACCAACUUAUUGAGCAUCAGCGAAUUCACACAGGUGUGAAACCUUAUGAAUGUAAGGAAUGUGGGAAAUUGUUUCGUCGUGGUUCAAACCUCAUUCAACAUCGGAGUGUUCAUACUGGAAAGAAACCUUUUGAAUGUAAGGAAUGUGGGAAGGCCUUUAGACUCCAUAUACAACUUAUUCGACAUGAGAAAUUUCAUACCGGUGAGAAGCCCUUUGAAUGUGGAAAAUGUGGAAAAGCCUUUAGUCUUCUCACCCAGCUUCAUCGCCAUGAGAACAUUCAUACAGGUGAGAAACCAUUUGAAUGUAAAGAAUGUGGGAAGUCCUUUAAUCGUGUCUCAAACCUUGUUCAACAUCAGAGUAUUCAUGCUGGCGUGAAACCCUAUGAAUGUAAAGAGUGUGGGAAGGGCUUUAAUCGUGGUUCAAACCUUAUUCAGCAUCAGAAAAUUCAUUCUAGCGAGAAACCCUUUGAGUGUAAGGAGUGCGGGAAGGCCUUUAGGUAUCAUUACCGACUUAUUGAACAUCAUAGAAUGCAUACUGGGGAGAAACCCUUUGAAUGUAAAGAAUGUGGGAAGGCCUUUACUCUUCUGACACAGCUUACUCGACAUCGGAACAUUCAUACUGGUGAGAAACCAUUUAAAUGUAAGGAAUGUGGCAAGGCCUUCAAUCGUGGUUCAAAUCUUGUUCAACAUCAGAGUAUUCAUACUGGCGAGAAACCCUACGGAUGCAAGGAGUGUGGAAAGGCUUUUAGACUUCACCUACAACUUUCUCGACAUCAGAAAACGCACACUGGUGAGAACCCAUUUGAAUGUAAGGAAUGUGGGGCAGCCUUCAGACAUCAGUACCAAGUUAUUGAACAUCAGCGAAUUCAUACAGGUGUGAAACCCUAUGAAUGUAAGGAAUGUGCAAAGAGCUUUAGUCGUGGUACAGACCUUAGAGUACAUCAGAGAAUUCACACUGGUGAGAGACCCUUUGAAUGUAAGGAAUGUGGGAAGGCCUUUCAACAUCAUUAUCAGUUUCUUGGACAUUCCAGAAUUCAUACUGGUGAGAACCCCUAUGAAUGUAAGGAAUGUGGGAAAUGCUUUAUUUGCAGUAGUGAACUUAGAGUACAUCAGAGAAUUCAUACUGGUGAGAAACCAUAUCAGUGUAAGGAAUGUGGGAAGGCCUUCAGUCGUAGCUCAAACCUUAUUCAACAUGUUAAAAUUCAUACUGGUGAGAAGCCCUAUGAAUGUAAGGAAUGUGAAAAGGCCUUUAGCAAUAAUUAUGAACUUACUGUACAUCAGAGAAUUCAUACUGGUGAGAAACCUUAUGAAUGUAAGGAAUGUGGGAAAACUUUUAGACUUAGUUCAGUCUUUACUGCCCAUCAGAGAAUUCAUACAGGUAUGAAACCCUAUGAAUGUAAAGAAUGUGGAAAGAGCUUUAGUUGUAGCUCAAACCUUAUUCAACAUGAGAGGAUUCAUACUGGUGAAAAACCUUACGAAUGUAAGGAAUGUGAGAAGGCCUUUAGACUUAGGUCAGUGUUUAUUGCCCAUCAGAGAAUUCAUACAGGUCUGAAACCCUAUGAGUGUAAAGAAUGUGGGAAAGCCUUUACUGUGACUGGUCAGCUGACCCGACAUCAGAAAAUUCAUAAUCGUCAGAAGUCCUAUGAAUAUAAGGAAUGCGGGAAAAGAACCUUCCCUGGUUAUGAACAGCUUACUCAUCAUCAGAGAGUUCACAGUGGCAAGAAACCCUAUGAUAUAAAAGAAUGUGGGAAGACCUUCCAUCAUGGACUGAGAUUUGCUCAACAGCACAGUAUUCCUACUGGUGAGGAACUCCUUGAGUAUAAGUAAUGUGGAAGGAUUGACAGUCACAGCAAACACUUUAGAGUAGAGAAGACAUUCUGAUGAGGGAGUCUUUAAAUGUAAGAAAUACAGGGUGGCCGUCGUGUUCAUUGUUUACUAAUCAUGAAAGAUAUUUUACUACGUAUGUUAAUUUCAUGCAUUUAGAAAAGCCUUCAAACUCCAACUGGAGAAAAACUAUCCUUGGAACAAAUAUAAGCUACGUCUACCUGAG